CCCCUCACUAUCUGUCCAUCUUCAUCCGGCCCUUUCUUUCAUGGAGAGGAAUUAUCCCGCGGCAGGCUUCGGAGACCUAGGGGCUGGGACGGGAUGGAGUUACGACAGAUCGGCCAAAGCAAGCCUCAUGUAUGGGAGCUCCAGGUCAUCCCACUCAGACUCAGAGCUGCUCCAUCGGCAAGCCUAUGGAACCCCUCACCCCCUCCAGGGCUAUGCAACCAACCACCAUCCAGGAAGCUCCAGACAAGGUGGGGCUUGGGGUCCUGCUGGACGUACGCUUGGCCUCUCGGGGCUGUUUGAUGCCAGCCUCCACCAUGCCAGCCCCUCGGGUCCUGACCCUUCCGUCAUGAAUCUGAUUUCAGCUCUGGAGUCCCGGGGUUCACAGCCCCCACCCUCUGCUUCCUCCCUCCUCUCCCAGUUUCGCACUCCCUCUUGGCAGACUGCAAUGCAUACACCAGCCCCACCGGACCUCUUUAUUUCAGGAGCACUUCCGGGUUCCAGCUCCUUCCCCCCAUCCUCAGCCCUUUCUGCAUACCAGCAUCCUGGCUCCUUCUCUGGACGAUCUUUCACUCCUUCACUUUCCCUGCAGGACACUCCAACAUUUAGCCCAACUUCCAAUGGUUUGCUAUCUCCCCAUGAUCCCCUGCUGCACAUUAAAACACCCUCCCAAUCCACCUUGGGCUUUGAUCGCUUGCUGUCUUCCCAGAGUGCCACCUAUCGGGGCUCACAAGAGCCUCCGGCCCCUCCACAGACUCAAGCCCCUUCCAGCUCCUCCAGUUGCCACCUACCCCCUCCCCAGUUUAACCUGUUGUCCUCUCAGCUCCACAACCAGUCCUCCCAGCUCUAUAAUGCCUCCAUGUUCUCUUCCACACCAUCUGUGGUCCCCCUUCAGCCCCCACCUCCUCCAGAGAGGUCGAUUUCCCGACAGGACAGUGUGAUCAAGCAUUACCAACGCUCAUCCCCAGCCCAGUCCACAACGCUCCCCUUACAGCAAUAUGUUAGUUGUGGUGGGUCAUCGGGUUACCAGCAACUAGCCAACCACCACCGGCAUGCUGAACUGCCCUGCAGUCCCCUGGCGGAGCAGACCCCAUCCUCUGACCCCAAUCCCUCACCACAGCUGGAAUCCCAGACAUAUCGACCUAUUAUUCAAACUGCAUAUACACCCUCAUCCUCCAGCUCUUCAGCCCCUUCCUCAUCUGGCACCAAGGGGGUCAAAAGUUCCAGCUCCAGUAGUGGCUACUCCUCUUCAGGUUCAGCAUCAUCCUCUUCUCGUACCCCACAUACUCCACCAUCAGCCUCCUCCACCUCCUCCUCAUUGGCUUCUAGCUCCAAGACAAGCACUGGCUCCUUGUCUGCUCCCUCUCGUCAGCAGCCCCCACCUCAGUCAACACCGGCACCACCUUCACUUGUUCCACAGCCAGCACCCAAACAAUGCCUCUCCACCUAUGGCUCUCCCUCUGUGGCCAACUCUAGUGCAGGCCUACCAGACCAGACCCCUCCACAGCAACAAGCCCAGUCCUAUUCUCCUAAUCAGCCUCCAUCUGCACACAUGGGCCAGUCUUAUGGUGGCUUCAACUCACCUCAUGCCCAGGAUCUGAGUUCUGGAGCAGCGGGCAGUGGAGGGAAAGCUUUUACUAGUAUGGGCACAGGAGGACGCUCGUUCUCUGCAGAGAUAAUUUUUGGUGAUUCAAGCUUUGGCUCAGCUUCUCUCAGAAGAACAGGCAGUCCUUCCUUAGGAUACGGGAAUACUGGAGGGUCAACAGGAUCUCUAUCAGGAACUUCUGCACUUGGUAGUGGAGUUGGCUCUGCAGGAUCAGGGAGUGGGGCUGUUAGUGUUGGUAAUGGAGGUAGCAGCUCUUACCACCUGCCUGAGUCCAGCUCCUCACCUUCCAUCAGUUCUACAAUCACUCACCCUGGGUUGCACUCACCUGCCGCCGCUGCCCGCCCUGCACAGUCCCCUGGAGGCUCAGGGGCCACCAAAUAUUUGUCCUCAAUCCUCUGUCCUGGUUUCAUGUCCUCACCACCAGGUUUCCCUGAUACACGACAAGCACAGGACCAGUCCUACCACUCAACACCCCCCAAGCCAAAAACAGAGACCAACAUGCUGGGAGUUCAGCGAUCACAAGAUGAAGUUGACGAUGAUGAUGAUUUCCUCAUCCACCACUUACUUCAUACUCAAAGCUCAACUCCACAUUCUUCCCAGCGUCACCCUCCUCAGCAAUUACCCCAGUCACUCCCACAGGCUAGGGAUGGGGAAGGCAAGGGGGUGGCAUAUGACAUUAACAAGUUCUCAGAAGAGCGCUACCACCUUCAGAGUGUCAUCCGUACCAAUAACACUGCCAGCAGUUCAGGUCCUGGGACAGAAAUUGUUGACACAGCAAGUGGCUUAAACAGUCAGUUAGAAAUAUCACAGAAGAAACAACAGCAAACCAAGUCAGAGUUACCUAUAACAAAGUCCACUGCUGGAGAAGCAGGAGUGGUCACUGACUCUCUUUCCCAUUCUCAUCAACAACAGCAAGAGUCCCUGGGCUCUGUGGUCCAUUAUGGAAGAGGGAACCGCUACACACAGCACCCACAUUCCCAACAUUCCCAUCACACCAUACAUGUGCCCGCACACUCUCAGCAACACUCACAGCACUCCCAAAUCUCUCAGCACUCUCAGCACACUCAACACACACAACACUCACAACAUUCUCAGCAUAGCCUUCCCCAUUCCCACUCACACAGCCAUCCUCACAUGGAGCUGAAGAAGCCUUCAGAUGCAAAUGACAAUGCAUACUUGUGUAACACAACAGAUGUGCAACAGACUCGACAAAGCCAGGUGCCCCUCUCUCUAAUGGAUUCACCACCAGACCCUCCUCAUCAAACUCACAUGCUGCAGUCUGUCCUUUCCCAUUCCACACACACCAAGAUGGACCCUCAGCAAGCCCCUGCACAACAACAGCAGCAUCCUUUGAGUCAGCAGGCCAUUAUGAGGCCAGCUGGAGGAGCAGCGCCUGCUGGGGUGGAAUCCCACACACAGAACCAGUCCUCACAGUUGCAACUCCAGCUCCAGACCCAGGGUAUAGAUACUCACUACAACCUUGGAACCCAACCAAGAGAUCAAAUCCAAGCCAACCAGAACUCAGUGUCUCCACUAGACAUGCUAGACCAAUCUCUUUCCCAGACAAACAGCAGAGACAAUGGAGGAGGUCUGGAAAGAGGUAGGGUUGGAGUAUCUGUUACAGGAGGGGAGGGAGGGAGUGGAGACAGACAUAGACAGCAGCACAGAAUUACACCCCACCACCUUCCCCAUCAAUCAUCCUCAGAUCUCCAUGACUUCCUCUCUGAACCAGAUUUAGGCUUGCCCCCUCCUUCACACCUGCACCACCUUAAUCAGUCUCAAUCCCAUGCCCACCACCAACAGCAAGCACACGCUCACCAUCAGCUGUCAAACUCUCAUUUAGCUCACCCACACUCCCACCGGAUGACAGCAAAUAUGGGGGAUCCCCAGCAACAGCCUCAACCACGAGAGUCAGAAUCUCAGCUGUCACACUCCCAGUUAGACCAGCUCAAACAACACCAGUUUGAGACAGUGAGCUCAGUUGGUAAAAUAGGACAGAAUCAAGCUCAGCAGCAGCGAUUUGCACCUCUAGCAUCCAUCUGCUUUCCAGAUUCCCUCUUACAUGAUGAAGACCGCUCUUUCUUUCCUGAAAUGGAAGACAUGUUUUGUUCAGCUGAGUACAAGUCAAGUUGUGUUGGAGAAUCUGGGGCAGGACAGGCUGCUCAAGAAAGCCUUUCCCAGGGUCAUGGGCAGGGGCAAGAGGCUUUGGAGGCCUUAAGAACUGGUGGUGGAGGAGAGGGCUAUGAUAUGGUUGGUCAACACAGUGAUCAAGGCUACGGACAGUACUGUCACAACCUUCCAGGAACAGGAAAUGGCAAUCUGCACUUAGACCUUGACUCUAUGAAGACCCAAGAGCUUCCUUCUACUGUGAAUACUGACCAGCUUGGGCUCAUUCAGUCCCAGACUCCCACUAUGGGACUGAGUUCAGCAGUUCAAGGGGAUGGCUCAGUUGACAAAAUGAUGGGAGCUGUGGGAGUGGGUGGAAGUUCAGCCACUCCUGGUCUGACCUCACCAAUCUUUUGUUCAUCUCGACCCAAGAAACUGCUGAAGACGAGUUCAUUUCACUUGCUCAAACAACGACGUGAGCCACAGCCUCAGACAAAGAAAAACUAUGCGCAGGAGUAUGAAUUUGAGGAUGAUGAGGAUAAAGCUGAUGUCCCAGCUGAUAUUCGUCUCAACAGCCGACGCCUUCCUGACCUGCUCCCUGACUUGGUGUCUAGUUGCAGGAAGGCUGGUGGGGGAGUAAGUGGGCUCAGUCCACUGAUGGGUGACAUGGACUUCUGCCACCCCUCCAGCUACUCUUCCCUUGGACACCCUCCGCAACUCCUCCUCCAUGAUGGCCCUAAGAAAAGAGGCAGGAAACCCACUAAACCAAAACGUGAAGGCCCUCCUCGCCCUAGAGGUAGACCUCGCAUACGACCCCUUCCGGAGCCUCCUUACUGCAGGGGGCUGAUGGGAUCAGUGCCCGGAGAAAGUAGAAGGGGUCGUGGGCGGGGUCGAGGGCGAGGCAGGAGGGAGGAAGUGCUUGUGGAAAGGCAUCGAGAUAUUAACAAAGCACAAAGCCUCCCAUACCAUCAGCAGCAGCAACAGUUUGGCCAACAGCAGCAUCUCCAACAGCAUCCACCUCAACAUCAUGGACACCAGGCAGACCACCACCAAGCACCACAGCAACAACAGCAUCACCUACAUAAUCAGCAGCAGCAUGUUUCCUGUCCUCACCACCAACCACAUCAUCAGCAACAUCAACAGCAUCAUCAUCAACAACAACAACAGCAACCAUCUCAGCAGCUGCAACAAGACCCAGUGAGACCUAUCAAGAACAAACUGCCCACUCCCACCAUGCCGCCAUCAGAAUCCCUGUUGAGGACAGACUCACUGUCUAGCACAGAGCCAGUUCUGUCUGAUGGAUCAGUGGGAUCAGCACCAUCUCUGGGCUUGAGUCCCGGGCCUAGCAGUGCUAUGGAUAUCAGCGGAAAUGAACUGAACCAGAUGCAGAACAAAAUGAUGAAUCACCAGGAGAAAGCUGGAGAGAUGACAUGGAAGAAAGAAGCUGAUGAUCCACUAAAUCCUGAAGCCUGGGCUGCUAUGCAGAAACUCUCCAGUUCAGCUGAUGAGAAGGCUUUCGACUUCAAACCUGGCUUCAUGGCAUCUUUUUUGGACUUUUUGAAGACAGGCAAAAAACAGUCAGACCUUGAACUGGAACAUGAUGGCGGCCAGCACGAACCUUUAAACCCCUGCUCCUCUCUCAAAGGAGGGAUCCGGCCCUUGUCCUCACCUUCUCCUCCCCUACCACCAAGUCCUCCACAGCAGCCUCCAGGAGUAUUCAGUGAGGAAGGGCAGGGUGAAGGGGCAGACCUGGCUCUGAGCAGCUGCCCGAGUCCCUGCAAGCCUCUGGAUGAGGAGCUGAAAAGGAACCUGGAGACACUGCCGUCCUUCUCCUCUGAUGAGGAGGACUCUGUGAGUAAGAACCAGGACCUACAGAAGAGCAUCUCAUCUGCCAUCUCUGCCCUCUAUGACACCCCGCACUCUCUGGCUGCUGCAAUGGCUUCAGCCAUGGUCAAGGCCCCACCCACUCUAUCCCCACCUACCCCACAGGAGCCACCGCUCAGCCCUCCUCUUCCGGCCAUGCCCCCUCUCAUCCCCAGUAUGGAGAAUGGAAAAGAGGAUGCCCUCACAUACACUCAGCAUCACGCACAACAUGAUGAAGAACAAAACCUGGAGUCGCCGCAGUCAAACAGAGAAAAGGCAGAGGAGAGGGAGCCUAUGCAAGGAGGAGAAGAGGAAGAAGGGGAGGAGGAAGGAAGGGAGACUGCAGAUAAUAAAGAAAUAAUGAGAGAUCCUCAGAAUAUGCAGCAGGGAACCCUAGAAGAGGAGAGGAUGUCUGAAAUGCAGAUGUUGGAAGGUCCGAAGGUUGAAGAUUCUCCAUCAGGACCUCUGCUUGGCCCCACACUUCCCUCCCCCUCACCAUCCAUCUCCCCCUCGCCGCCCACUUACUCCUCCCCCUCGCCCCUCCCUCCCCUGUCUGUCUCUGUGCCAUCCCCAUUACCAAUCCAGCAGGAAGAGGAAGAGGCGAGUCCAGCUUAUCCUCCCUCUGAGCAGCAGCAGCCGCAGUCAUCCUACCCGCCUGCUCCAACUGCAGGCACCUCCCCACCCCCCUCCACCUCCCCUCCAGCCAUCCCAUCCUCACCCCUCUCCAACCUUCCCCUGAGCCAAUCGAUACCGCCUCCGUCUACCACACCUCCUCCAUCAUCCUCUGAUCAGGACCAGGAACCCGAUGCAGGGCCACAUUCCCCCUCUUCAUCCUCCUCUUCCUCACCCUCCUCAUCAUCCUCUCCGCCACCAUCACCUCCAACCCCGGAAGAGGCACCAACAUCCCAGCGUCUUACCUCCCUCCACCUGGCAAAGAAGCAGGCUGAUGCCGCCAUCGCUGGGGAGAGUGAAGAGGAGGACAGUGAGAGUGGUGGUGAGGGAAUUUUUCGUGAACGGGACGAGUUUGUAGUUCGAACUGAAGACAUCGGGACCCUUAAAAUGGCCUUGCAGACAGGUCGGGAGCCCCCACCCAUCUGGAGAGUACAGAAAGCAUUGCUCCAGAAAUUCAGCCCAGAGAUCAAAGAUGGUCAAAGGCAGUUCUGUGCAACCAGUAAUUAUCUGGGUUACUUUGGUGAUGCCAAGAUGCGCUACCAGCGUUUGUAUGUGAAGUUCUUGGAGAACGUCAACAAAAAGGACUAUGUGAGAGUGUGUUCCCGAAAACCGUGGCACAGAGCCGGUCUGACUCUGAGGCGGCAGUCACUACCUAAACAGCUGCCCACCAUUCACAAUCAAACCCCACCUCGACUGGAGGAAAAGCAGAAGAGAGAGCAGAAAGAGAAGGAAAGAAGGGAGAGGGAGCAAAGUGAGAGGGCAAAAGAGAGGGAGAAACAAGAGAGAGAGAGAGAGACGAGAGAUAAAGAGGGAGAAAGGGAGGAGCGUGAGAAAGAAAGGGAGAAGGAGGGAAGAGAGAGGGAGAAAGACAAAAGAGACAGAGAGGAGCAAGAGAGGAGAGAAGCCACCGUAGAGUUUGCAAGAUUGAAGGAGGAGAAGAGAGGUGAGAAGAAGGUGGAGCGUCUGCUGAGAGCCAAGACAUCCAGGGACAAGGCUGAGCCUCCACCCAAGAAGAGGAAGAAGUGGCUGAAGGAGGUGCCAUCCUCCUCCUCUGAGUCAGACUCCUCAGCACCCAGUGAUGAUGAAGGGCCUGUGCGAGGUGGAGUUAACACCCGAGCCAUGAGGGAGAUGUUCAGGAGCUAUGUGGAGAUGCUGGUCAGCACCGCACUUGACCCUGAUAUGAUCCAAGCACUGGAGGACACUGAUGAUGAGCUGUACCUCCCACCCAUGAGGAAAAUUGAUAGUCUGCUCAGUGAACAGAAGAAGAGGUUGCUGAGGAGAGUCAACAUGAGUGGUCAGCACCAGGAGGCUUUACAUAUAUUCCCCAAAAUGACGGCGGACCCUCUGGAAUCUGGAGCUGUCAGAGUUCACCUUGGUGGGGAGAGUUAUAAUCGCAAAACUCUCAACCGGGUCAAGAGAAGUAUUCCUAAGCAACAGGAUUUGAAGCUUUCUAUUGAAACCUGCCGGAUCUACAGUUUGUAUCAUUCCCUUCACCACUACAAGUAUCACACCUUCCUGCAUUGCAAGAAGGAGACGGACAGUAUUGAACAGGCAGCUGAGGACCCUGGCCAGGAGGAGGUGGUGCAGCAGUGCAUGGCUAACCAGGGCUGGCUGGAGAGCCUCUUUAACUCCUUCAUGGAACUGCUGAGUCUCAGUGCCAAGGUCUGAAGGCUGCAACCCCCAGCCAUCAACCUCACACAUCCACCUGGAGUAUUAAGUAGAUGGAGGCAUCCAGAGUUUGUGAAACAAAAGAAUUGUGUUACAAAAGCUGGAUGCUAGUAGCGCAAUGGUUCCAGCACUAACAGCCACUGUCAGUUUGUUUGUGGGAGGUUUGACUUUCAAAGUGUUUGUUUUAUUAUUGAGUCCAUGUUAAAGUACCUCUUGAUUUCAAGAAACAUAUUGAAAGAUGGAGGGUAGUGAACAAUGUGAAUGUGAUGGACUUUCUUUAACUGUCAGAGAAAGAGACCACAAUGUAAUUUGGUCAGCACUACAGAAGAAAUUUUUGUCAAGACCUACAGAAUACUGACACAAACACACGAGCUGUCUACAAGUAUGUAUUGAUAACUAUGUUUGUAUCAUUUAUACAAUAACAUUUUUAAAAAUGACCAUCCUAAGAUGGGAUUGUUUGCUGUUAUUUUUGAAAAAAAUGUUUUAAAAGGGUAUGCAUAAAAUGGCCCACCUGCAAUUUUUGCUUCUAUCAGACCGACUGAAGUAAAACUAGGGUUGUGAGACAGAAGUGCGGUUUGAAAGGACUAUGUGAUAGUCUCUUGUUUCUACCUGCCUCAGUUAGAAAGCAGUUGAGACUGAGGGAAAAUGUUUUUAAAACUAAGCUAAACUAAGCUGUGUUCUGUUUGCUCUUCAAAAGACAAUGAGAGAGAAGAUUUAAUGCCUGUAAAGACAAAGAACAAAAAAAAAAAAUAAAGCACGACUUUCUUAACGGAAGUGUGAGGCGAAAUGACCCAAAAGCAUAAAUGUCAGUGUUUAAUGUGAGUCAUUUUUAUCUGUUUGUUGUUGAUUGACAAUUCCUAUUAUUUAACCUCUCUGAGGAUAUUCCAGCAGAGACAUUUGUUGUUUUGAUGUGUAAAUAUUGUAUAGCUACUUCAUUCUCUAGUUCCCAGUUGCUCUUCUGUACAUGAAAUUCCUGUAUUUGACAUAAUGAAAUAAAACUGUUCAAAUGACAACGUGAUGAUGAAUAAACAAGCUUGUGCUAAAGUUUAUUUCACUGGUAUGAGAAUGCAUGAGCAAGUGAGUCUGAGCUGCUCCAGAGGCACUGCACAAAUGUUUCAGUUACAUUUUAGUUUAUUCUCUAGGAAGUGUCAUUGAUCUUUGUUGAGAGGCAUAAAAAGGGAAUAGCUCAUAUACUGUACAUACAUCAUUAAA